AUUGUGGGAGACCCGCUAUUCGUCGCUCCGAAUGGAUAAGUUUUGAUUCGAGAAAAUGUCCACUUCAACUGAGUCUCAGUCUUGUAACAGCCUUCAGUCAACCCUAUACACUAAGUUCGUAAUAUCUCGGCAACAUGGAAUUUUUCUGGACUCUGGCAGUGAUUGUGAUAUAUAGUGUAGGUCACAUUCAUGGACGUUGUGAAAGGCUUUCAAAUUUGGAAAAUGGACUUAUAAAUUAUCGACCGAGAAAUAUUGUGAGGUUUAGAUGCAAUCGCGGCUACUCCUUGCAGGGAAUGGUUAUGCAAACUUGCGAUCGAAACGGCUUCCUUAGAGGCGAAAAACCUUUCUGUGCUAGGAGGGGAUGCGUGCAGCUCGAGGAUCCGGAGAACGGACACGUUGAAUCUGAUCCCCUAAAAACGGAUAUCGUGUGUCACGACGGCUAUGUCUUGGUGGGAAGUCGCACUGCCUACUGCGAUGGAGAAGAGUGGAACACCCAGCUGGGAUCGUGUCGGAGGAGCAAUCACACCAGGGACCAUUCUUGCGAUUUCGAGAGCGAGGAUCAGUGCGGUUGGGAGGCGGAGACGACCUUCCGGCGACCAUGGAAGCGGGUCAGCACAGCAUCCGAUUUUCACUCCCUAAGGACGGGACCCCGCCACGAUCACACAUUUAAAAGCGGAUCCAAUGGUCACUACAUGCGAAUGGAAACCCAAAUGGGGGCUUAUGGAAGCUACCAUUUAAUAUCGCCGAUUUAUUCAAGAUCCCUCACCCUGAAGACCGCCUGCUGCUUCCGAUUCCAUUACUUCAUGUUCGGAGCUGGUGUGGAUAGUCUGGUGGUGUCCGUAAAACCCAUUUCGAUGACAAUGACAACCAUGUGGAAUAGGUUUAGAGCCAAUUCCAGCAAAUUUGAGAUAGCUGGUGAACAGGGAACCCAGUGGCUGGAGCACACAAUUACCAUUGACGAGAUGCAGGAGGACUUCCAGGUGAUCUUCACGGCAACGGAUGCAAGAUCCCAAUUCGGAGAUAUUGCAAUCGAUGAUGUAAAGCUAAUGACAGGCAGCGAUUGUGGCACAAAUGGAUUUUCCACCACCACCGAACCACCGGCACCACCGACGGCCAGGAGCGAGCAACCACUGGUCUACGACAUGAUGAGUUGUUCAGGUCGAUGCGGAACCUCAUCCUUGGGUGCCGAAUUAACCAGUCAUGGUAUAGUCAUGGGAUGUGGAUGCGAUGACGAGUGCCUUAUGAAUGAUAAUUGUUGCCUAAACUUUUUGGAUGAGUGCGUUAAAGAGCUGUUCUCAUCGCAGGAAUUUGAUCUAAGUUUCCCAGCACCAACUGCCGCUUCAACAACUACAACUACAACCACAACUUCUACAACUACAACCACAACCACAACUACAACUAAAAGGCCAACCACACCAACAACUACCGCAACCACCACCACAACAACAACAAAGCCCACAACCACAGAGCGAACAACAACAACUAAGAAACCGACAACAACUUCAACAUCGCCGAAACCAACAACAAUGACUUCAACAACAAGACAGUCUACAACCAGUUCAACAACACCAACGACAACAACCACAAGAAAUGUGCUUACAACAAAGAAAACAACAACAACUCCUAAAGUGUAUAAUGCGACUAAAACAACCGGAACAACAACAACAGUUCCGUCUCUCAGUACUGUUAAAACGACACCAGGAGUCAACUCCUCAAAUAACGUACGGAAGCGCUUCAGUUGGGAAGUUGAUCCUGAGGACAUAGCUGGCCACAUGGACAUGGGCGAAAGUGCCCCCAAUCUAGCCUUAAUAAUGCUUUACCUGCUCGUCGGCGUAGUUCUAGUGAUUGUUCUGGCCACCGUUGUCAAUCGCUCCCUAAUACAAAUCAGUAGAUCGAAGGCCAGCAGCGAGAAAGCUGUCAGUUUCAAGAAGGUAUUCGAGAGUCUGAGGAGGCACAGGAAAAGAAAUAGCAUGGAUCAGCCGUUAUACGACAUCGAUAACGAGGAUGAAGAUUAUUUCGAGGAAAUGGGCGUGGACAUACGCAAUAGGACCGAUCUAUGAGGGUGAUCCCCUUGAUACCGAAAACCCCUAUUUUCUUUGUUUAUGCCUUUUGUAUACAUAGUUAGUUUCUAAAGAUGUAUGUACUAAGCAAAUAAAAGCGAAUCAGCA